CCUCUUUCGACCUCAACAAUCAUCUGUGCAUGAAAACUACGAAUAAACCAACCCCUCAAGACUUGCAUACAUCUUCCCCAGCACACCCGCAAAAUGGCUGCAUCGGCCACCACGGCGGCGGCAGCAGCAGCAGCAGCAACUCCUCAUUUUUGUUCAUCAACGUCUUCAAGAACAAGUAAUAACGGUAGUCGUGGUUCAUGCCAUUUUAAGCUUCCUGAUGCAAGAAAGUGGGCUCGUAGAGCGGUUGUUGUGAGGAGCUCUGGCAGCGAGGUUUCUGCUGAAGAAACUGCGGCAACCUCAGAAACAGUAGAGUCUGAAGAAACUACGCCUGCUGAAGUUCCGCAGGGCCCUCCAUCCUUGAUUUCUCCUCUUAAUGUUGACAAGGCUCUUCGUGGCAUAGCAAUCACCGAUGCAGAUCACUAUGGAAGGCUUGGACUUCGAAGAGGAUGUUCUUAUGAUCAGGUUUUUCUCGCAUACAAGAAAAAGGUUGAUGAACUGUUGAGUCAAGGACUUUCCGAAGAAGAACUCAACACAAAUCUUGAGCUUUUGAAAGAAUCGUAUUCAAUUUUGUCUUCAGUAGAAGAGAGACGUCUAUACGAUUGGAGCUUGGCAAGAAGUGAAAAACCGGAUAGAUAUAUGUGGCCUUUCGAGGUUGACAUAACUCAAACUCCAACUGGAACACCUCCUCCUCAGGAACCGGAGGACGUAGGACCAACGAGACUGGUGGGAUACUUCAUAUUUGGCUGGUUUAUAUUGUCCAGUAUUUUGUCAAUUGUAUUCAAUAUAAGAUAAGAAAUCCGUGGUUACGUAUCAUUCUCUCUCUUAAUUCUGUUAAAAGCGGUUACAAAUCAUUCAAUCCUUCACACAAUUAUUAAUUGAGUAUGUUUGAACAGUA